CAGGGCCACCGCGCGGCCGCCGUCGACAAAUAAAACCCGCCCGCCGGACCGACCGCCCGAGGCGCACACACCAAGACGACAGUCGGCAGCGGCGCUCCCCCCCCUUCAACAGUCUACUUCCUCGUUUCCGUCCAGAUUUGCAGGUCAUACCUGAGUUGCUGCUGCUGAAAUGGGUAGCACUGAAGCCCCAACGCCCGUGCAGGCACCUGUGUGCUCCAUUGUGAACGAAGGCCCAGCAGCUCCGGCUGCUUGCUCCAUUGUGAACGAAGCAGCAGCUCCUGCCACUGACUCGAAGCCGAAGAAGAAGAUAUGCUGCGCUUGCCCCGACACCAAAAGGCUCAGAGAUGAAUGCAUCGUCAAGCACGGGGAGUCUGCGUGCACCAAGUGGAUCGAGGCUCACAAACAGUGCCUCCGUGCCGAGGGGUUCAAGGUCUGAUAGCCCCCUCAGGAUGCUGCAUUUGCUUUCAUGGAUGUUGCAGAACAUGCUAGUUGAGAUUCAGUUAGAGGAGUUGCCUUGUUUUUAAAUGUUGUUCCUGUAUGGUUUAAUGGCUAGCGAGCUUGAUACCUGUCUCCGUGGGAAAUAAAUUACUGAUGACUGUGACUUUAUCGGUUAUAUGAGAAGUUUUCUUGGUGUUCA